AAAUGCAAACCCUUUAUGAGCAUUUCGAAAAGCAUAAUUCAGGGCUUUUGUAUGAGAAAUGUAUAAAUACUCUCCACAAAAUGCACGAGAAAACUGUGAAAGCAAACAUUAAGGUGGGGAAGUACGCAACUUCUGGUGGUCACGAUGUCUACGACAGAGACAUACGUUUUCUAUAUGAUGAAUAUAAUGAAGAACUCAACAUUAUAGACAUCGCUGAGAGAAAAAGGGCACAACACGAUUUUGAAAGACAAAUGGCACAUGAGAAUAAGCAGAUAAUGACAGAGGAUAAAAGAUUGACAGAGAAAGAGUCAAAAGAACUUGUAACAACAAAACUAGACACAAUGAAACAAGAACUGAUACAGUCACAAGAAAAAGAAAGAAUAAAGCUCGAGGCAAAACUUAUUGAACAUCACAGAUUAUAUGAAGAAAGAAUAGAAAAUGCUAGAAAGGAGGAAAAAGAACGCGAAAGAAUAAGGGACGAGGAACAUGAUGCAAAAAUCAAGAGAAUAAAGGAUGAUUAUAAACAACAUGAACAAGAAAGAAAACGACUUGAAGAAGCCAGACGAUUUGCUGAACAAGAAAGAAUGAAAGCUGAGAACCUCGCAGCAGAAAAUUGGAUGUUGCGUACAAGGCUUAAAGAAAGUGAACAGGGCAGAAAUUGUAAUAUAUCAUAGCGUUUAAAAAAUUUAUGAAAUUGUUAUCAUUUUAAGAUUUAAUUACCAUUCGUGUUUUGUAUGUUUAGUGCUCAGAUGCAUGCAUUUAUGAUUUGAAUAUGGUAACCUAGUUCGAAAUAUUUUUUUUUAACUUUUUAAGGAUAAUAAUCUUGAAAUCAUAACAUUGUAUCUCUUGACAUAUUCAUAAAAAUGAAUAAGCAUUUGCACAUACCUCGACUGUGAAUUAUAUUGUUAUGCAAUUGAAUUAACCUGAAUUCGGUCAUAGUCUUCAAUGUUUCCAAUCACGAACUUGUAAUUUACACAGUCGUGGGAAAAGCUAUUAAAAUGAAGAGUUUCACAUUAUUGUACGUUAUUUAUGCUCAUUCUAACAACAUAUCAAAGAGACAUGGCUAUAAAUAACAGCUAUAUCUGUAAUCACACAAUGGAAGGUUUGUCUGUAUUUAACUGUAUAUCUGCUGCUUGUAGUUUACAAAAGUUUUGUAAAGAAACCUUACAAAAUACUUGUAUGAAGAAAAAUUCAUAUGUGUUAAAUAAAAGUAAUAUUCUAUAACAGUUUUAUCAGGAAUCACUAUAAGAUGAUGGUAUAACAUUAUAUAAAGUAAACGUUUAUAAAGUAAAUGAAACUAUUUCAUUAGAAACGCCUGUUAUACUUUAUACACUUGUUAAUGUAGAAAAAUGACAGUUUAGGUUCACUACUAAUAUCUAUUUUAAUAAGAAAAGACGCACACAGUUGCAAAAGCGAAAUGCGAAAUUGUUUUAUUUCAUAAUUUAUGUAUAUGAAAUAAACAUGACAGACAUGUAUAUUUAUCGUAGGUUCAUUUCACAAUAUGCAGGUAUACUAUCAGUUUUAAAAUAUUUGACAGGUUAUAUUGCUCUAUUUAAACGAUUUUUUCAAAAUACAAAGCAGAGCCUUUAUUCAAACAACCGUUUGUAUACGGUCCAAAAACCUGUCAGAAAUAUCUAUAACGAAUUUUUAAGGCAGAAAACUAUAUUUUUAUAUAAAAAAGUUAAAUUUCUUAAUAAAAUUACAGCAGGUGUGUGUUAAACUAUAUAAACGUUACAAUUUUUCAAUGAAAAAAAGACUUUACAAACGUGCAGUAUUAUAAAAAAUGAAAAUACACGAUGGUCAAUAUGUCGCAGUUGCUACUCAAAAUACAUAAAUUGUGAAAUGUAUUGUUGACAAAUGAAAUGUAAGAUAUAAUAGAAAAGCUCGAAACAGACGUAAAUCUUGACCGUCACAUUUUGUACAUAGCUAGAAUAAAUGUCAAGUAAGAUCUCAAAGUUACUUCUGCUAUUUCCCGCAUAACAAUAUUUAUUCGUUAACAACUAUUUGAAUCAUAAAUAAAAAUAAAUCUAAAAAGAAAGACUUUUUAGAGGCAGAUAACAUCAAACAUAUGCUCUUUAUCAAUCUUUGUAUCUCAUUCCUGCUACAACAGAAAAGUGGAUUUUUUAUCGAUUUUACAUCAAAUGUCUCUGAAAUAAUAAAUAAUAACUUUCAAAUUUGGGAUUUUUUAUAUUAUGAAAAGAAAAGGAAUCGGUAUAAUACUGAUUACUGGUUUUCGUUUUCUCAAAAGUGCUUUUCCAUAUUAUAAGUUUAAGCACUAAGCAAACAAAUUAAGUUUUUAAGUUCAAGUUUCAGUUUCGAUUACUAUAUGUUAAUUUUUCUUUUCUUUUGAUAUAUAGUAUACCUGACUAAGUGAUGCAAGGGAGACCAAUGACCAAUGAGACCAUUAUAUGGAUAAUGGUAAAAUGUAAUUUCCAUAAUAAAAAAAUGUAUAUCGGACUGAUGUUAAUUGCAUACUAAUAAGGCAUAUACGGAAUCAUUAUUCAUAAUAAUUUAAAACACUCAAUUAUUAAAGAGCAGACAGUUUGUAUCCUCAUAAAGACUUGUUUAUAAUAGAAAUACAUGUAGUCAGUUUGCGAUAUAAUUCAUGAAAUUGAGUAUAUUGUAUCAAUGAAAUAGAUUUGUUGUUUUCUUGUUGUUGUUGUUGUUUUUUUGCAUUUUUUAAUUUGUAGUUGUUGUUUUAUGUUUUGUUUUUGUCGAUAGAAGUUUUAUAAAGACGAUGUAUUUAAGUAUAAAUAUGAGAACAUAUGUACCCCAGAUAG